CAAUUCGCACUUCACCCACCAGUUCUACUCCCCACGCAACCUUGGUUGGAACUGACUAGGUAGCACCAGCGGUCUUUAAUACCAGAAAACCAGCUUCUCUUUUGACGAGCUAGUACUAGCCAGUGAGCUCCUCGGGACGCGCGGCGAUAAUGGCGAGUCCGCACCUCCUCGCCGCUUCGCUGAUUCUGUUCCUUCUCGCCAACAGUUGCGCUGCUCACUUUCCCACAACCCGCGUGGCGUCUUCUUUCUCCCGCGGCCGCGCUCUAGCAACCGCUAAAGCCGCCAACCAUCUCGUCGCGAGACGCGUCGACUCCGAAGACGCAGUGUCGUGGAACGCAGCCUCGACGACUGCCAAUACCAACACGCUUCAGCCCCGUGCGUCGCAAGGCCGCCACGCGACAGCUGAAACGCGCGUGUCUGAGCCGCUGGUGUUCGCGGCUGCAGGAAACGGCCGCCAGCAGGGCGGCGGGACUCAGAGGCUCCAGCGCACCCGCUCCGGGCAGCGAGGGGGGCACUCCCCAAACCUCGGAAGCGUUAACGGCGCUGAGCGGCGCUCCGGAAACCACCAUGAGGGAACUGGCACUAUUUCUCACAGAGAAACUACUUCUACUGACCUUCGUGGCCGGACGCAUAACAACCGUGAGGUGGUGGCGGAAGGGCGGGAGCAACACGGCGGUCGAGCUCGGGCUGCGGAUCAGGACAGAGGAAGCCGCACCGCGACAAUCCACGCCGCAACCAGCGAGGACGUGGCGCUGAGUCAUCACCAUCGCGGCAGCCAGACAGCUGGCGGCAGGUCCACACACACCGGCACGCCUCAUUGGAGAAACGGCCGCCGCGCUGCUCCUGCUGCUGCUGCUACCGUCGCGCAUCACGGCGGGAAUCACGACGCCGCAGCCGGAAACCGUGGCGGGAAUUCCGGCCGGGAGUUUGGAGGCCAGCCUGCGAGCCGGGGGACGGCGCAAUUAUGGAGCACUCAUCAUCCCAGCAGCGGCAACGAGGGCGGCGUUCACCGGGCAAGCGAGGCUGACGUGGCAAUCGUGCACAGGGGGAACGGCGCCAGUGGUGGCAGGAACAGCGGGAGUGGCGGCGGGUAUGCCGCGGCUGCUGCGCACCCCAUGGCGGGAGGGACCGCUGCUACUGCGGCGGCUGCAGCACACAGUACGGUUUCUGAGAGUAUGGGUGAUUAUGAGGGUUCUGAGGAAGAGGAUCCGUGCAUUAGGGACCCGAGAAGCACGUGUGGCAGUGGUGGCGGCGGCAGCAGUGACGGUGGUGAUUACAACGGUGGUGACGAUGGCAGCAGUGACGGUGGUGAUUACAACGGUGGUGACAAUGGCAGCAGUGACGGUGGUGACAACAACGGUGGUGACAAUGGCAGCAGCGACGGUGGUGACUACAACGGUGGUGAUUACAACGGUGGUGACGACGGCAGCACUGACGGUGGCAAUGACUGUGCACACAACCCAGCGCAAGUGAGCUGCGGUGGGGACGGCAGCGGCGAUGGCAGCAGAUUUGACAGCAGAAGCAGUGGUGGCACAGUGGACGCGGCAGCAAUCCUGGAGGAGCACAACAGCGCACGGCGCGAGGCAGGCGUGCCGGACCUGGCAUGGGAUGACGGGGUGGCGGCCGCGGCUCAGGAGUGGGCCAACCAGCUCGCGUCCAACUACUGCCCCUUGGAGCACGGCGGCGCAGAGGGCCUUGGGCAGAACCUCUACUGGAGCAUGCCUGCGGGGUUCACUAGUGAGGAGGACCGCGGGGCUGUGCGCUCGUGGGUGGAGGAGAAGGCUGACUGGACCCCGAGCCCGGUGCCUGAGGGGUGUGCCGAGGGGAAGAUGUGCGGGCAUUAUACGCAGGUGGUGUGGCGGGAUACGACCCAUGUGGGGUGCGCCGCAGCGCAGUGCCCUGAUGGGAGUGGCAUGUGGGUGUGUGAUUACUCGCCCCAGGGGAACAUCAUUGGGUCCAUGCCCUUCUAGGUGCCUCUAUGACUGGCUUGCUGUGGCUCUAGGCUGACUAUUCUGAGUUGUGGAUGGUUCCAGGAGGGAAGCAGGGAGAAGCUGGGUUGGGUAUGAGGAGGGACCUGGCUGUGAUGUACGACCUGAUGUUUUCACUUGAAAUGCAUUUCUUGCUUCCAAUAUUG